ACCCAUGACGGGCAUGUUGUUAAGUCGUACGAGUUGACGACUGUACCAUUAGACCGGCUACAAACAAACACACGUUACAAGGCAUGAAAAAAUCGAUCGAGAAACCAACAUGGUGCUAGUGGUGAAGGACGCCAUUACAGUUUCCGAAUGCGACAAAAGCAAAUUUUUCGAGAAGUGAUCGCACGGUGGUUUGAAUGAAUCAAACCAAUGGCAUCCGUUUCAUGACGUAAGGAAGUAAGAAUUUCAUCAUUCCCGUCAACGACUCAGCGUUUCGUUUCGGAAGCAGAGCAGACCUGAAAGUGCUCACCGGUGGCAGCACUGGUGCAAGGACAUCCAUCUUCAUGGAGCAGGGCUGAGGGAAGGAUGGCGACAAACGACGGUUCCCCGUCGACUUCCUUCCCAAUCAGUAGUGGUGUGAUGGUGACGACUUUAUGCCCCGAAGCGCCCUCUAGCGUGCGGCGAAGACGGCGCCCCACUGUUUGCCGACAUCUUCGUUCCAUCCAUCAGGUGCCGGUGGUCACUGCGCGGAAAGAUGCAGGGUGUGAUCGGAAUGUGAGACAAGCGUGAAACGAGGGAAACAAGAAAAAGCUAAAAGUGUCAACCUGUCGGGCACCUUCUGAUGCGCUGUGUGACCUUCUCGUCCAAUAAACAGUAGAGCGCAAAGGGAUUGCGCGAAACAAGUAAACCAGGAAGCGUCAAAGACGGCGGCAAGCUUAGAGACAAAUUCUUUCUGCCUAAUGAUUUUUUUUUUCGUGCUUAUUGUUCGUAUACGUAGUGGGAUGAGCAAUAGUUCAGGCGGUGUUAAGUUACUGCUCGCCCGCUACCGUCACCGGGCGGAUGAAGAUUCCUGCCAGACGUGCGUUUUCGAGUGUGCAGUCGAGUGAAGGGUUGCGUUACCAGAGUGCAAAACGCUCAAGUGGUUUCCUGGAGGGCGCGUAUUAGUGUGCGGGGCGUGCAAGUGGUGUUGUGUGUGUGUGUUUGUGUGCGCGCGUGUAUGUGAAUACCCUAGUACCGGCGGCCAGCCCAGGGCGUCCCAGGGAGCCCGUACCAUACACGAUGAAACUCAGUGUCAGUGCCUAUCGAGCCCAUGCAUCAGCACACAAGAAAAUCCUCUCCAGCAGUAGCUAUCAGACACAGUUCAACUACGGAAGUACGGCGGCCGCUUCCAGCUCAGCACCGACCUCGUCGGCACUGUUUUCACAGGAUAAAUGUUGACAUUGAGGUGUUAUUUGUUGAUAACCGUCUGGUGUUAGGCUCGACGGUCAGCUUGAACGGGAUUUCCUGGGCAAACGGUACGACGAUGGACCCGACGAAUCCGAGUGCAGCAGGGACAGCAUCCGGAGGGGCAAUACUACCAACAUGUUCGACCAUAUCGUCCGCCAGCUCGCAGAUGCAUCAGCACCAUCAUCACCCGAACCCGGCGGCCACACCGUUCGGUGCGAUCGGCGGUGCCGCAUCCGGUCACGGGGCCACCGGAAGUGGAUCCGGAGGCGGCGUCGGGGAGCAUGCGUCCAGCCUGCUGAGCCCGACGCUGCUGUCCCCGGGGACAAACACCGGCACCGCCUCAAUAGCGACCUCGCGUGACGAGGAGGAUGACUCGAGCAAUCAGGCCUCCUCCGGCAGCAAGGGUUCCGGCCAGCGUUUCAGUCGUGCCGCGUACCACCGAUCGUCGCCACCGAAGGUGCACACCUCGCUCGUGUCGCGUACGAACAGUGAGGACGACGGCUACCGGCGUGCCGGCUACCAGUCCACGCAGCAGUCCAGCACCACCAGCCGCACCGGGCUCGUGCGGCGUACGACCGUGCCGGGCCACUAUCAAUCAAUUGACCGUAGUCACAGCUUCAACGAGCAUGAUCACGAUGCCAUGUCGCGAUGGUACCAGUACCAUCAGCAGCGGCACCCACUGUCCCGCACCGGUAGCCGCACCGGCAGCGUGCCGCGCAGCCGACGAUACUCGCUGCGGGACAACGACGACGACGGCAGCAUGCCGACCGGGCUGAAUCGUAUGGUGUCGUUCGAUAGCGUUGGCGGCCAGAGCUCGUGCAGUGGGCUGCUUACGCGGCACCGUGUCAGCCACCCGUCCGUUGCGUCCUCAUCGUUUGAUCAGUUCGAUCAAUCGUCGUACCAUUCGCAACAGCAGAAGCAGCACCAGCAGCAGGAACAGCAGGACGAGCUAUCGUCCUCACAGCAGCAGCUGCAGCAGCAGCAACUCAGCCAAUCCCUCUCCAACGGCACGACACGGGGCGCACAGAGCUGGAAAAAUCUACGCGCCGUGAUGGCGUACUACUGUUCGCUGCGGAAAAUCAAGAGGACGAAGUCAAACCAGCGAUGGAUGAAGUUGCGCACGACGGUACAAAUAUCAUCUGCCAUGCAGAAGAAACCACCUCUCAAGCGAGAGGAUUCCUUUCUAAAGCGCUUUUCCACGCGCCAGAUACCGGAAGCUCAGGAGACGGUGGAAGAUACCGGUUCCGAGGGUGCGACCGAUGCAGAGAAAACAGUCCGACGGAGGCGUCGGUUUGCCAAAAUCCCGCGCACGGUCGUGAACCCGGACGAGAACUUCUACUUCUACUGGCUGAUGCUCGUCACGAUCAGCAUACUGUACAACCUCUGGACGCUAAUCGUGCGCCAGAGCUUCCCGGAGCUGCAGAGUAAUGCGAGCCGCUUCUGGCUGUCCUGUGAUUGCUUCACCGAUAUAGUAUUCAUCUUCGAUGUGGCGGUACAGCUGCGCACCGGCUACCUGGAGCAAGGUCUGAUGGUGUACGACUCGCGGAAGCUGGCUGGCCACUAUCUCCGAUCCCGUGCUUUCCUCCUAGAUUUAGCGGCACUAGUACCGCUAGAUAUUCUACAGUUCCGGCUCGGUAGUCAGCCGAUGUUACGAUUUCCGCGGUUUUUCAAAGUCUAUCGAGCGGUCAAGUAUUACUACAUCGUAGAGAGUCGCACCGUGUGGCCUAAUCUAUGGCGCGUCGUGAACCUCAUACACAUCCUGCUUAUAUUGGCCCACUGGUUCGGUUGCUUCUACUUCCUGCUGUCCGAGGCCGAGGGCUUUCAGGGCGACUGGGUGUAUCCGUAUCGACCCGGCGAUUAUGCCACGCUCACUCGCAAGUACCUCGGCAGCCUGUACUGGUCGACGCUGACGCUAACCACCAUCGGAGACCUACCGACGCCGGAAACGAAUGCCGAACCGUCACAAUCGGCGGACGGCCCUAGAUCACUUCCCAGGCGCGGCCUCAAGUCCAGACUGCUGCAGUUCAACUCAUCCCGCGGGUACGUGUUCACCAUCGUCAGCUAUCUGAUUGGUGUCUUCAUCUUUGCCACGAUCGUCGGUCAGGUGGGCAAUGUUAUUACGAACCGCAAUGCCAACCGUCUCGAGUUCGAGCGACUUCUGGAUGGUGCAAAGACGUACAUGCGGCACCACAAGGUACCGGGUGGAAUGAAGCGGCGCGUACUCCGGUGGUACGAUUACAGCUGGUCACGCGGCCGAAUACAGGGCGGCGGAGACAUCAACACCGCACUCGGGCUGCUGCCGGACAAGCUUAAAACCGAACUGGCCUUACAUGUCAAUUUGAGCGUGCUGAAAAAGGUGACAAUAUUUCAAGAGUGCCAGCCGGAGUUUCUGCACGACCUUGUGCUGAAAAUGAAGGCCUACAUCUUCACGCCGGGCGACUCGAUCUGCCGGAAGGGUGAGGUCGCCCGGGAGAUGUUCAUCAUCGCCGACGGCAUCCUGGAGGUGCUGAGCGAAACUGGCAAGGUGCUGACCACGAUGAAGGCGGGUGACUUUUUCGGCGAGAUCGGCAUCCUCAACCUGGACGGGUUGAACAAACGAACAGCCGAUGUGCGCUCGGUCGGCUAUUCGGAGCUGUUCUCGCUGUCCCGCGAAGACGUCCUGACUGCGAUGAAGGACUACCCGGAAGCACAAGAGAUCCUGCAGACGCUGGGUCGGAAAAGACUGAUGGAGGUGCGCUGCGUCAACAAGAAGCACGCCAACAAGCACGCCGCUAAGGAACACGCCGGUGAUCGUAGCUCAAAUACCCACAAUAACCAAGGUGAUAGUAGUGAUAAUAGUGCCUCAAAACGUAUCGUAGAUAAGCUUAGGAGUGAUGUUAAGGGACUGAAGAAUGUGCUGCGCAAGUCCAGGACGGGAACAACUAGACGCAGCAAUGAGUCGAUCGAGAUGCAGCCACUGCACGGGAACGCAACCUCGGGCGGUGGAUCGGGCGGUGCGGGCAGUGGCGGCAGUGCCGGAAGCGGAGGCAGCAAAACGUCCAAAACAAUGCUGAAGCGUAUGCCGCGCGUCAAGUCGGACGACAUACACACGGAGGACGAGGGCAAGGACAAUGACAAGGUGCCGAGCCCGAUCGGUGCCGGGCUUCCACUGCUGCAACGUCUCCGGCUGCUCAAGGAGAAACAAGAUCGCGAAGAACGAGCCGCGAAGGCGACUGCACAAAUUAUCUCACCGCCGCAUACUCACGUAACCUCUGCCAUAUCACCACAGGAAUCGAUACAGGAAGAACCGGAACCGGAAGUGAUCGGCGCCGGGUUGCCGCUGAUGCAAAGACUGAAAUUGCUCAAAGCGAAAGAGGAUCGGCUAGCGAAGGAAAGCCAAUCGAAGCUGCAAGUGACAUCGAACCAAACAUCAAGCUCACCAUCGAUCGUACAAAGCAUGAGUCCGACGUCCCCGACGGUGAAGGCACCGCCGAGUCCGAUCUUGAACACGACGGGUGUGGCAGGCCAUCACGCCAAACCGACGAUGCGCGUGUCAUUCAAGGAGCGCCUUCGCCAACUGCACCAUCAAGACUCCAAGCAUCAUGGCGAAUCAAAGCCCUCCUCCGUACCGGUCACGAUACACGAGACCACCGACAUGAAGCAGCAUCUGCUGCCGAUUGUACCGUCGCCCAGCAGUAAAGCCCAGCCGAUACAGCAGCAGCAGCAGCAGCAUCAUCAACAACAAUCGCACCAUCCCAGCAAGCCGUCCACCGCGCAGACCCUGAAGGAUAAGAUACGCUCGCUGGGCCACCUGAAAGCGGACGAUCAGCUGAAACCGUGGUCCAAGCUGAAGCUGGCAACGGUGGUCAGUCUCGGCGGAAGCUACACCAGUCUCAACAAUGCUGCGUCCGAGGAGUCACCCAUUCUGAAGCAAUCCAAGCGCAGUCGGCUCAAAACUUCCAUCCCGGCCGAUCUCAACCUGAACUCGCUGGUCUCGAUGACGCCACCGCCCAUUUCUUCUGCCCCACCGACCACGUGUGCUCCACCGUCGUCCUUUCUGCCGAAUAAGAUCCUAUCCUGUGCGGCGGGCGAGGCAGCCUCGGUCAGCGACAGCGAGGUAGCCAGUGGUAGCCGGACGCAACGGACCACUGGCGACCAAGGGGGUGCCCGUGCCGUACCGGCGCGCGUGCGCAUGAAACCGAAACCCAUCAAGCUGGAGUCCACCGAGCCCAAGAGCUACCUGUCGAUCGACGACCUGUCGCCCGAAUAUUGCGGCCUGCCCUUCGUCAAGAAGCUGAAGAUCCUGAACGAGCGCCAGAAGCUGGCCGAACUGGAGUCGGCAAUCAAGACGCGCAGCCUUAGCCUGGACUGUACCGAUUCGAACACCAGCACCGCCAGCACGCACGACCUGCUCGACCAGCUGACGCGCAGCCAGAGCGAGGGCUCCGGCAUGGCGCACACGGUCCGCUCGAAGAGCGAGUCGCCGAAGCGCUCCGACUCGAACGGGCUGCUGCCGCUCAGCCCCGAGUCGAACGAAACGCUCGAGCGGCGCCAGCUGAAGAGCAUACUGAAGAAGCUGUCCGAGGAUAAGGCCGCGCUAGAACAGCGCCCGAACCGCGAGAACCUCAAGAAGCUGAUGCGAGCGCAAACGGUCGAAGGGUACGUUGCCAGACACAGCAAAUUCACCAAAAGCGUCACCUUCCAUAGGAACACACUCUCUAGCCCUCCCAGCAGUGCUGCCCAGUGUGACCCUAUUGAAGAACGUAGUCUUUUUCCCCUUCUUAGCGCACAAACGGCCACCGGCACCGUGCCGGGCGUGCCACAUUCCGUAGCGGCGGCCCCGUUGGUAACGUCGCACGUCGACGAGCGUCUGUCGGCGGUGGCCACCGCGUCCAUCGAACAGGAGCACGAACGCUACUACCACGUGCUGCACGAGGAGCACCACCACCACCACGAGGAGCACCAUCACCGCGCGGAGCACCGUCAGUUUCACCGCGGGGUGUCACCGACGGGGCUCCCAGCCCGGACGAUCGGUGACGACGAUACGCGCAACGCCCUGGCGGUCAUCAGCAAUGGUGACGCGCACCGGGGCUUCCCCUACGAUCCGCACGCCGAACAGGAGAUGGAUCUAGUGCCGGGAGACGGUGCGGAUCCGGUGACCAGAUCGUCCCUCUCCGCCCUGGCCAGCCAGCGCAAGUUGAUCAAAGGUUCGCUGGAGGAGCAGGAGUUUUUCGGCGAAGUGCUGCUGGGCAUCAAACAGGUCAUCCAGUCGCACAUGAAGGACAUACAGGUGAAGUUUCAGGACGAGUUCUUCAAUCUAGAGCAGGAGGUGAAGAAGCGGGACGACAUCAUAUCAAAGCUGCAGAAUCGCAUCCUGGAGCUGGAGGCGGAGCACCACGGUCUGGUGGGACUGCAGGUACAGUUGCCCCCGGAGCAGGGCGACACGCCUUACCGCAAGUCCGGUUCGUCCGGAUCGGGCAGCACGGGAUCGUCCAACGAGCUGCCGUUUAUGCGCGGUGACUCACUGGAUACCAUCUUCGCCUCCUCCCCGCACUCCGACUCGGACGCCCCGCGGCAACCGAAAACACGCAGCAGAAAGCCGCGCACAUCGCCACGCCACCGCCAGCUACGCAACCGUCCCAACUGGGACGAGUCGACCGAUCAGGAGAGCUUCGAUCGGAAAGACUCACCACCGAUCGGUCCACGCCCGCAGCCCGGUGGCAACGGUGCACCGGCCGGUGGAUCUUCCACUGGACCUCCACCCCCCGUACCGCCGAGACGAAUGUCGGCAACGGCUACCUCCACCACCGCCGUUACCAUGUCCGCUACGACGGACCGUAUCCGCAGCCCGUACCGCGAUCUGGUCAUUUCGGAGCUCACCGGGAACAUCGUUUCCGACAGCGUGAUUGUAAACAUUGAGGCCACGUCCAGCUCGCCGUCGGAAUCGCAGUCCGAAAAUGAGCAGCCUUACGGGGAGGAAGAAGAGGAAGAAGACGAGCAGGGCGAGGCGAGGCAGCUAAUGCGGCAUCGGCGCUCCCGGAGCCGCGAAACCGACGAUGACGACAACGAUGGUGCGGAUGAGGAGUGCGACGAUGAGGCAGCGUUUGGCGAAGAGCUCGAGGGAGAGCUUGAGCAGGAAGAGGAGGAAGAGGAGGAAGAGGCAGGCAAUGAGGAGGAAGAGCAAGAAGAGGAAGAGCAGGCAGAGGAGGAAGAGGAGGAGGAGGAGGAAGAAGAGCUCAAUCACAACGACUGGGAGGUGCGAAUGCUCGCGGCGGAGCUGAAGAAGCGCGAAAGCAUCAGCACCGACUUCCCGACCGAGCUGGAGGGUGGCGACGGGUUGGUGCGCCGUCGCAGCCACCGCAAGCGCAGCGACACGGACACGGACGGUAGCGAGGGGACGGAGCGGGACGCGUUCGGGCGGCCGCGAGCCUCCAGCCUCGAUCAGCACAAUCUGCAGCGGCGGGCCGCCUUUGGGCGGGCGGGCCGGGCCCCGACCAUUGCGGGCCCACCGUCGGCCGGCCCCAGUGCGCCCCGGUCGCGGGGCGGCAUCUUUAAGGCCUUGAGCUUCGACCGGGACAAAGAUCGUCUCUGAGAAUUAACGCUUCACUGUGAGGUGUGCAUGUUUACCAGCAUCACCAAGGUCGUCGUGAUCGAGUGGAAUCGUGCUGACCGGGAAUCGACGGUUCGUCCAGCACCGAUCGCCGGAGCGGUCCGAACAAGCCGCUCCGUAUCUAGCAGCUGUGAGGCGUGAUGCGCUGCACACUCGCAACACUCCAACCAGCCAAUACAACGCCCUGUGCCCUUUUCGCCCGAUACAAUCCAGCGCAGUACAGUUCCGUUACGACCCAGUAGUGAGAUUAGGUGUGUAACUCAAUUGGCAAUUCGUUUAGCAAUCCUUGAGCUGCUAGCAGUCUCUCGUACCCAUUCCCGUCCAAGCAAAAAAAAAACGCAAUGCUUAGCAAUUGUUGUUACCUAUGUAUGCGUUGUUAGGUUUACUGCACCACUUUCUUCCUGCACAUCGAACAAAUCGGCAUCAAAUAAGCGGCAGAAGUCAUACUGGCUUUAAGGAAGUAGACACGCUUGCUACCCUGCAAUCGUUGGGGCAUCCUAGUCUCCCUGAUCUCGAUGCGUGGAACCGAAAUAUGUCUAGCACAAAGCAAACAAACCGAUUCGCCAACGAAGUACAGUAGACGAUUCAAAGCUGCUCCUCCCUUUGUUUUGUAAUCGUGAUCGAUCAUACGUUCCAAAUUCCGGUAUGCCUUGUUUGGUCACUGUUCAAGUGUUUGCUGUAGCGUUAGGAAUUACUCUUCAUCGAUAGUGUAACUAGCGACAAACUAAUAUAAUCUAAUCUAUGAGCUAUGAUCUAUGGGCAGGGAACCUACAAGCAGAAUGAGUGAGUGGAAUGUGUCUCUAAACAGAUCCAUGGUGGC